AUGAAAUAUUACAGAGUCGUAUAUCUGUUCGUAUUAUUAAUCUACGGAUGUAAUGCACAAGAAGGCACAACAAUUAAUCCAAGUACCUGGAAUGGUGAUCCAAGAAUAUGUACAGUCAAUCCGUCAACUCCAGGAACGGAUGAUAGACCUUUACCAACAUUUCCAAAUCAAGCAGAAUUUGCUUUAGAAAGAGUAGAAGUUAGACACGUAUUAAAUAUAACAUUACCAAGUCAAUUAACAAUGUAUCAAUAUUUAUAUGAUUAUAAUGCUAAUAAAUUGGUUUUAGUUAAAAAUGCAAAUGGUUUUAUUGAUGCUGAAUAUUUUUAUUAUGACACAUUAAAAAAAUCAACUUAUUAUCGUGGAGAAUUUUGUGUCGUUACUAGUAUUGACAUGAAUAAAGACAUAGAUGGUACAUCGGCUAUUCAAUUACAAGAUAAUACAUGGCAUAUUCGUCCAUUGAAUGAAUUUCUAUUAUUUUCCAGUAAUGAUCCACGACGACCACCAAUUCGACCAAGAUAUGCAGGUACAAGUACAGUACGCGGAAUUCCAGUUGAUCAAUGGGAAACUUGUAUAAUCGAUCGAAAUAAUUUUCAAACUUUUCGACGUGUAUGGUCAUUUGCACAAAAAGGUUUUGAUACACCAACUGGUACUGUUGGUGAUUUAGCUUAUCCAGUUCAAGCAAUUAUUAAUGCUUCAGUUCUAUUACCAAAUGGUACACAACUUGGAGAAUUUGAUGAAGUAUUUAAUGUUUAUGCAUAUAGACCAGGAAUUAUAGAAACUACUGAUCAAUUAGCUCCACCAAAAGGUGUAUUUUGUGCUAGUGGUCCAGAUCAAAAUUUAGUAUCACUUCAAGAUGCUCGUAUUCAAUGGCCUGAGCGUUUUAGUGUUCGUGUUGAUGCAUCAUCAUCACGUACUCCACGAUGGCAAAGAUUUCAUUUACGUUAUGAUCGUGGUCGUGAACGUAGUUCAAAACGUAUUCGUUAUGAUUAUUUACCAGGUGAUGGAGAAGAUUUUGAAUCCGUUAUACAUGAUUAUGGUGAUAAUUUAACAUAUAUUAUUGAUCGUCGUGUUGGUUCAUGUAAAAUUAAUCGUGGUGUUGAAUAUCCUGAUAUUAGUCCAAAUCGUGAUCCAGCUAGUUUCUUUAUUAAACAUGAAAGUAGAUUUUUUGAGUCACGUGAUAAAGUUUGGGAAUUUAAUGGAUUUCGAUCAUGCCGAGGUAAUACAAUUAAAUGUGCAGCAGUAACAACUUCAGUUGAUAAAUUUCCUGUUAUUGUUGAACCUGAUACGGAUAAACCAAGUGGUGAAACAUGGGCAGCAACAAAUAUUGAAUAUGGUUGGUCAAUGCGUGCACCUUCACAAACAGUACCUGGUACAGAUAAACAUUUUGAUUAUCCAGUAUAUUUAUAUUUAAAAUUAUAUCGAUAUAAUGAUCCAACAAAUCCAUCACCAUUAAAUAUUCGUACAGAAGAUAUUGAAUAUGAAUUUUAUGAAAUGUCUCAUGAAAUACAUCCAAAUGAUUUUGAUAUAAGUCUAUGUUAUCGUUCACUUAAUUUAGAAUAUUUACAUCUUAGUUUUAUACUUAAUGUUGAUGAAAGUGCUAUUGAUGGAAAUCAUGUAGACAGACGUUUACUUGAAAGAGAAGUUCAUGCUAAUUUAGCUGAUAAAAUGCAAAUAAGAUACUCACGUAUUUCUGAACUUGAUAUAUUUCAUGAACAUGCUACAAAUGAUGUUAAUGUUUUUUUUACUUUACUUGGUCCAACACCGAAACCUGAAUCACCAACUCUUGUGUCUGAUAAUGAACCAACAGCUGCACAAUCACGAGAUGUUCUUAAAAAAUCAAUUGAUGGUGGAACAUUUCAAUUUACAAUGAAAUUUACUGAUGAUUCAACUACAGAUAUUCCAUUUCAAGCAGUUGUUGGUUCAUUAAAAGAUUCAAAACAGUAUAAGUCAUCUCAUGCAGUCGGAAAACCAGUUAUUACAGAAUCAUAUUCAGCAGGUGCACAAGCUGGUGCUGUUAUUGGUGGAAUAAUUGUUGGUCUUGCUGUUGGUAUUCUUAUAGCAGCAGUCAUUCGAAUUGUACGUAAAGAACCAAUGCCAGAUUUACCAAUGAUACCAACUUCAUUUCAAAAUCCUUUACCAAAUAUUAGUUUUCAUAAUAAAAAACAAGCAGCUGAUGCAAAAACUACACCCGAUGCUUAA